AUGGCUACUGAUUCGGACAGUGACUAUGGCGAAGAGCGCAUCUCGGACGCGUUCCAAACUAAGUGCCUGGAAUUCAUCAGUUACGAUCCUGCAAAACAUAAUUGGUUCUUCAAUUCUAUCCAGCAGUUCCCAUCUUCAAUCAUCAAUUUCUGCGCAUCCAGCCCACGACCGAUGGACAUAAAAUUCACCUCCAGCGUUGCCAAACAUCUCCAGAGGAACUCAAAAUUGUUUGUGAUGAUCUACGCAAACGGCAGGUACAACGACAGUUACGAAUGUGUCGGUACACUUUUCUUGGAGUCGUCUCAUCGGGAUAUGGCCCACCACCGAUGCUCCAAGCUUGGAAUCGGUAUCUUGAAGAACUUCCAACACCGUGAAGCUGAGGCAGUCAAGUGGGCCUUGAACUGGGCGUUCAACAGUGCCGGUCUACAUCGGGUGGAGAUGAACGUCCCAUCAUGGAAUAUGCGAUUGGGCGAGGUGUGCGAGGAGAUCGGGUUUCAGAAAGAGGGAACAAGGAAGGAAUGUCUUUUUAAGGAUGGCAAGUGGUGGGAUGAAGUGAACAUGGCUAUUUUGGAGAAGGACCGGAAGCAAGCUCACAUCAAGAUGGAGAAGUAG